CAUUUUUCUGAAAUCGCAACCACAUGUGAUCGAGACAUGUUUGCCGCCCUGGAGACACUCGACAUGGAGUGGAUAAUGUACAAUCAAGCUCUCGUACCUCUUCUACAUUCUACCAGCUCUAUCCAGUUUCACAGCCUUUUUGUAUUGCUCGAACCAUGUAUUGAAGACGAGGACAUCGAGGCCGUGCAUCAAGCUGUUGACGCUCCCGCAAAAUUAUCAAGUCUGCGUAGCCUAACACUCAUUGGAGACAGCGCGAUAGGCCCAACAUUCCCUCCGGAACCAUUCUUGAAGCUUCACAGCCUCGAGGAACUCUACCUUAACAUCCCCGGCUUUUUUCUGACAAGCCAAGACGUGGAGAGCACCCUCCACUCCUGGUCACUAGAUGCACUUGAGUGCUUCGCGACUCAUCUGCCGAUGCUAGAACAACUAACCACGGAAAAUGACACGUCGACAGUUCCCACUCUCGGUGUACCGCUCGCACGGUCGCUCAUCCCGAUCAGCCUAAUAGUUGCGUCCUCUCCUCUCCGCGAAGAGCACUGGUGGCAUGCUGCGACUUACAUCUCGCACGUGUACCCCAACGCGAGCUGCACCCUCAGCUAUUCGGACGUUGAUUCGAAGGGCAAGGACGAGGAUGAGCGUCUCAAUUCCAAUCAGCUGUGUUGGCGUUAUGUCAACAGAGCGAUAGCUGCAGCUCGUACGAAUCAAGGUGUGGAGAGCGGUUAG